AUGACCAUCACCAUUAAGGAAUUAACUAAUCAUUCCUAUAUCGACCAUGAGUUGAGUGCAACUUUGGAUUCUACUGAAGCAUUUGAAGGACCAGAAAAAUUAUUAGAAAUUUGGUUUUACCCUGAUCCCUGUGCUAUUCCAGAUAAAACAAAGACUUUAAGAUCAAUCCCUGUACAAAUAUGGACAGAUAUACUAAAAUUAGUUAAAUGUGAGGUUUUAUCUAUUAAAUCUACUAAAUGUAUGGAUGCGUUCCUAUUAAGUGAAUCUUCUUUAUUCGUUUAUGACCAUAAGAUAACUAUGAAGACUUGUGGUACUACCACCACUUUAUUCUGUUUAGAAGAAGUCUUUAAACAAGUAAAUUUAUUAUUAAAUUGGAACUGUACUUUAGAUAAUGGUAAAUUUAGUCCUUAUAAAGUUUUUUAUUCAAGACGUUCUUUUAUGUUCCCAUCAAAACAACGCUCUAUUCACCGAAAUUGGAAUGAUGAAGUUGAUUAUUUAAAUAAAUUUUUUACUAAUGGGAAAAGUUAUACAGUUGGAAGAAGUGAUCAAGGAACUCAUUGGAAUCUUUAUGUAACUGAUACAAAUGAAGAUUCUUUAUUAAAUGGAGACACGGAAUGCCAUGAGACUAACAACUAUGAAUAUAACAAUGAUGAAACUGUGGAGAUUUUAAUGACUGGGUUAAAUCAUAAAUGUGCUGAUCAAUUUGUUUGUAAUAGAGAAGUCAAAUCCGCUACAUCUUCCAUUGAUGAAAAGGAUAAUGAUGCAGAUGAUGAAGGCCAUCUAUUGGGUUAUAAUAUGACAAAAAAGACAGGUUUGGAUAAAAUAUAUCAUGAAUCUAAGAAUUCUUGCUUUCACCAUGAUGCUUUUGCAUUUUCUCCAUGUGGCUAUUCCUCAAACAUGAUCAUUGAUGAUAAAUAUUAUUAUACUUUACACGUUACACCAGAGAAAGGUUGGUCAUAUGCCUCUUUUGAAAGUAAUGUACCUGUUAAUGCUGUCUCUGAUAAUAAACAGGAUAAUGUCGACGUUUUACAAAAGGUGCUUAAAGUAUUUCAACCAACAGAAUUCUGUUUAACCUUUUUCUGUAAAAAUAUUCAAAAUUCUAGAUCUUUUCAAAGAUUAAUCAGUGAUAUUGAUAUUGGCCCAAAAUAUACAAAGAUAGAUAAAAUCAUUUAUGAUUUGGAUGAUUAUCAAUUGUUAUAUCUUAGAUUCGAAAUGAAGAAUACUGAAAACAUAUGA